AUGGAGCGCGAGCAAUUUCUCUCUGAUCUACAGUUUCAACAGAUAUUAUCUAUUAUAAACAAUAAAGGGGCAAAUCAAUCCUCCAAUCCUAAGGCCAAAGCUGCUGGUACUUCUUCAAGUUUGUCACAAGCACCGUUGCGCCUCCGUCGAUUAAUCCUCCACAGUGGUGCAACCGAUCAUAUUACUUCUUCUCCAAAUUUGCUUGUCAACGGUCGUCAGAACACUAUUUUACCGCCAGUUAUUAUGCCCAGUGGAGAACAGGCUCCAAUCACAUCUACUGGAACUUUACCUUUGAACUCUGUUAUUUCUCUGAAAAAUGUGCUUGGUGUGCCAUCUUUCAAGGUGGAUUUGAUGUCUGUGAGUCAAGUUACAAGAAGUCUCAAUUGUUCUGUAACCUUUUUUCCCUCUUGGUGUAUUUUGCAAGACUUGACGACGAAGACGACGAUUGGUUUGGGUAAACAACGAGACGGACUUUAUUACUUGGUCGCAUUGGCGUCAGCAACAUCGAGCCCUAAAUUCAAAUCCUCCGCUGCCAUUGCUAGCCAUCCAUCUUGUUCUCAUGUCACCUCUUCCACUGACUUGUGGCACCGCCGAUUAGGGCAUCUAUCUUCCUCUAGAUUAGAUUUUACGGCAAACAAUUUACUCAAUUUUCCUUUCAAACCCAAUAAUGCUUGUGAUACCGCUUCCUAUUCCCAUCUUAAGGUUUUCGGGUGUCUUGCCUAUGCUACUGAUGUGCAUGUCCCUCAUAAAUUCGCUCCUAGAGCCAAACAUUGUGUUUUCCUUGGUUACCCGGUCGGUCAAAAAGCCUACAAGCUCUAUGACAUUACCACUCAUAAAUUUUUCACUAGUCGUGACAUUGUUUUUCAUGAAACUAUUUUUCCAUAUGCGUCCUUUCCAUCCAUUCCAACACCUCCAGCCCCUGUCCUUCCUCAUUUUGUGUCUGACCCUCCUAUUUCCGACUCAUUCCCCACAUCUACGCAUCCAGUCACCUCCACUUUUGAUCAACCCAUUCCUGUCAGUGUUGUUCAGCCCCCUCCCGUCCCUCCAUUAGAAAUGACCCAGCCAUAUUCUCCUUCUGCGUCUCCGCAUCCAGCCACCUCCACUUUUGAUCAACCCAUUCCUGCCAGCGUCAUUCAGCCCCCUCCCGCACCAGUUUUACGACGUUCUCAACGACAUCACAGUCCUCCACAUGCUUUACGUGAUUAUGUUUACAACCAAGUGACGUCUCCCAAACCGUCGCUGCCUUCGUCGUCUGGUUCCACCAAAGGUACAAGUCAGGAUGUUGAGCCCAGCUCUUAUACAGAAGCAACUUCCCAUUCACACUGGCAGGACGCCAUGCAAUCUGAAUUGGCAGCUUUAGAAGCCAAUCACACUUGGUCUCUCACUCCUAUCCCUCAUGGCAAGAAACCCAUUGGAUGUCACUGGGUUUAUAAAAUCAAACGCCACUCAAAUGGCACCAUAGAGCGUUAUAAAGCUUGUUUGGUGGCCAAGGAUUACACACAGUUGGAAGGUAUUGAUUAUCAUGACACUUUUUCUCCCACUGCUAAAAUGAUUACUGUUCGUUGUUUAUUGGCUCUGGCAGCUACUCAGGAUUGGUCCCUUCACCUCCAUGAAGAAAUUUAUACGUCUCCACCUCCUGGUCUUCAGCGACAGGGGGAGAACUUGGUGUGUCGCCUCAACAAGUCGUUGUAUGGUUUAAAGCAAGCUUCUCGUCAAUGGUUUGCCAAGUUCUCAACAGCUGUUCAAGCUGCCGGAUAUGUUCAGUCCAAAGCGGACUACUCAUUAUUCACAUGUCGGAAUGGAAAGUCCUUUACCGCACUGUUGAUAUAUGUUGACGAUAUUCUUAUUACGAGUAAUGAUCUCAAGGCUAUAUCCACUCUUAAGCAAUUUUUGCAUAGUCGUUUCCGAAUUAAAGAUUUGGGGGAUUUGAAAUAUUUUAUGGGCAUUGAAGUCUCUCGAUCAAAGAGAGGUAUUUCUAUUUCACAGCGGAAAUACACUUUGGAAAUUCUGAAGGAUGGUGGAAUUUUGGGUGCUAAACCUAUGAACUUUCCCAUUGAGCAAAACACAUAA